ACUUUCUUUGGCUACUUUGUUAAAAUGUCUAAGCAGAAAGGCAAACUUAAGCUAUGAGUUUAUUUUAACAGAGAUGAAUACAUAGAUAGAGAAGCUGAAAAACUUCAAGCUCAUGGAGAUAUCCUGUGCGGCAAGGACAAAGAGACAGGGACUUCAUGGCUUGCAUACAACAAGAAGACUAGGAGGAUCGCCUUCCUAACAAACUACCGUGCUUCUACUCCUAAUAUUCCUGAUGUAGGAGAGAAUCCUCCUUCACGUGGAGAACUCAUCAUGAAUUGGGUGAAAACCGAUAUUUCUAGAGAAGAGUAUACACAAGAUGUAUUCUCAAAACUUCAAGACUACAGAGGCUUUAACCUAAUCUUUGGCAUAGUUGAUGAUGAGGUCUUUGAAAUUACCCCUGACAAUGCAGAGGAGCUGCUCCAAGACAACCCUAGGGGGAGCUACCUUUACCACAUCAGCAAUGGGAAUCCUGAGAUUGUUGAAAGUCAAAAGCCCAUCUUCAUCCAGCCAGGUAUCCUCUAUGGAAUGUCAAACGGAAAUAUCUCAGAAUGGGAGAAAGUUGAGUUAGGCACUAACCUCAUCAACCAAAGCUUAGAUGACUUUGAGGCCCUCUCAGAGACCCAAUCAGACAAUGAUGAGGAAGAGAAGGAGCCUUCUGAUGCUCAAGAUAGCAUUUCAGAGCAUCUGAAAUUAGAUAACUACAGCAAGCACUGUAUAGACAAGAUCCUCUGUAGUAAGCAGAGAUCGUAUCCUUGGAACCUGCCUGAGACAGGGAAAGCUUUGUUCUUUGAGUGGCUUUCGAGUUCUUUGUUUGUCCAGUUCAAAAUUGGUAAGAAAUUUUGUACAGUGUCCUCAUCAGUCUUGCUGAUCUCUUCAGAAGAUUUGGGCUUAUUCAGGGAAAGAACCUAUGCUCAUGAAUCUGGAUUCCUCAAGUCCUUCUUCCAGGAGCCCUCUCUGGGAAGUCAAGACGUGGUCUUGAAAUUUAUCCAUGAAAACAGAUAGUUAAGGAUAGGCUUCCCAGAAUUAGGGAUUAUAUGUAAAAAUGACGUUUUCAACAAAAAUUCGUC